CCCAUCGUCGAAAUGCCGUUUUUUUUUUAUCUCCGACGAACACUUCUCACCACUCUCUGACAACUCCACCGCCGUAACCGCCAGAGCCCACACCUACAUCUGUAACCUCCUCAAUGAAUUCAACGCCGUCUGCGCUAAAGCUGAUGCCUCCGACAUCAACGCCGAACAGAAUUGCUCCCUCGUUGACCAGAAGCAUCUCUCCCGUUCUGCGGUGUUCUCUAAGCUUCAAUUGAAUGCCGCAAAUCUUCAAUCGAUUUUUGAUCAAUAUGCUCGUGAUGUCGAUGAUGCUCCAGAAUCAUCAACUUCACUUGCAAUGCGUUUCGUGUUGAGAAGGAUAGCGUGAUUGAGAGGUUGAGGACGGAGCUAGGCAAGCUGCACAGGUCAAAGAGGCAGUUGAAUGAGCAGAAGGAUUUGGAGCUUGGUGAGAAAAACGUAACCAUCGGGAGUUACCUUGAUAAGAUUGUCCAUUUGAUGAAAAAUUCUGCCCAUAAGGAAGCACGUGUUACUGAAGUCGAGGCGGAAUUGGGGAGAUGCCCGGCUGCUUGCACCCGCCUUGAGCAGGAGAAGGAGAUUCUUGAGAGGCAGAAUGCUUGGCUGAAUGAGGAGUUGACUGCUAAAAUUGAGACAAGCAAGAAGAUGAAUGAACUAAGCAAUCUUCCUCUCCUAAGCUUCUCCACUGAACCGUGGCUGACAUCUAUUGUAACUGAUAACAUGGAUGAAGAAAAUAACGCGCUAGUCUCUAAAAUCACUGUUGGGGUUUCUGGAACAGCAUCAGCAGCUUCACAUUUGCGAGAUGGGUUGAAUUUGGCGAAGAUGUAUGCAAAAUACCAAGAGGCUGUUGAUGCUUUGAGUUUGAGACAUGAAAAGUUGGCAAGGAAGGAGUCAUCGUCAAUUUUGCAACAGGAAAAGCUUGCAAUGGAACUCAAAAAACAUACAGAAGAAGCUGCUAUUAAAGUUGCAAUUGUUCUGCAGAGAGCGGAAGAGCAAGUGCAGAUGAUGAAAUCACUUCGUACAUAUUGGCUGGAAAAUCUGUGACUACUCCAUCAACCAUGGCAGAAUGGAUGUAAGUAGCAAUCUCCAUGUUAGGGUCUGACCAGUAAUCAAAAGCCAUAGACAUGAACUCAUUCCUAAGAGUAUGAACAAAUACUGUGAGGUGUAUCGCCUAUGUUAUCUUCAACUAAAAACACUCUUUUGUAAGAUGAAAUGUCUUUAUACUUGGACAGCACUGAGCUAUCGUCGGAUUGAAUCAGAACUUGUUGUGUGACUUGCUUGUCAAAAGUUGCAUUACUUAAGGCAGUGCUUACAGCACCAACAAUGUCAAGGCCUUUCUUUGAAGCAAGAGAGGUUGGAAUGCAUACCGAUAUGUUUAUUAAAAUUCCGGUGACUUCCUUAGCCUUGGCCAACUCCAAAAAUUCAGAAAGCAAAACAAAUUUACCACUAUUCUUGUUUGCUGGAUUUCUUUGGAAGCCACUGCCAAAAGGGCUAGAAAUUUGAGCUGAAGCAAGAAACAAAGUACCUUAAGUUCAUUGUUCAAAUAUUAAAGGCUAGAUCUGUUCAUGAAUUUUUGAAGUCAUAUGGAAGCAUUACGUUGCAAGGACUGAAUCUCAUUCCAUGUGAGAUCAAAUGAGAAAAUUCCACUCUUUGUUUGAAUUUCUGGAACAUUAGAAGAUCGCGACAUGAAUUUAGUCAUAGCAGUUGUAUCUUCCAUUAGGUCUGCAGUGUUUAAGCAGAAUGAAGUUCCAUCUUUUGUCAUUUGAACUGAGCAAUCUAUAAUAUCAGCUCCAUCAUCUAUUGCUUGCUGAUAAGCAAGAUCAGUGGAACCUGGAUAUACACCACUUGCUCCAUUAUUGCUUAUGAUCAAAGCUUGUCCUGAAAAAGAAAAUGCAUUAGGUUAGCUUCUUAUUUUCAUGCUUUGCUGCAUCUUGUUUAUAAGGUUCUAUGACUUGGAUUGAUUUAAAAAUUAAAUUAUUACCUUUUUUCAGCA